AUGAUAUCAUGCGACGACUGCUGGUCGCAGUGCUACUCGAAUUGCGACGCCUUCAUUAGCUCGAGCUGCAGCGAUGAGUGCGACGGAAUUGCAUAUAGUUGCGACUCCUGCUAUACCACGGUGAUCGCGAACUGCAUGGAAAGCAGCAACUGCACCGGCAGCUGCGACGAGUGCAACGACGCCCCCAACGGUUCAUGCACCAGCGCCUGCACCACCCGAUACUGCGACAGCUGCGGCAGGGGGCGUGAGAUGGAGUGCAGGGACAACUGCAGUAAGCGGUGCUCGGCACCCAACUGCAUACCCCAGACUCCUGCGAACUAG